UUUAUUAGUGCAUGCCCCAGAGCGAGGUAGAGCUGGGUGAUCGAGGCUUCAAAGGUGAAGUUGCAAGAUGGCGUCAAUGUCGUCUCCUGAAGGCAGUUGGGAAGAUGAUUAUUUGCAAUCAAAUGAAGAUUUCACUUAUGAAGAUCAGCAAAAUGUGUUGCAAGAAUGCAAAAAUGUAUUCAGUGCAAAAGAUUGUAUUAUGGAACCAGUUGUUCAUGAAUAUGUUAGAAAAUUUCUUGAGUCAUCAGGGCUACCAGAGGAAUUUGUUCAGUUAUUGGCAGAUAACUACACUGGAACUGCACAAGCAGCAAACCUUUUGGCUGACUGGCUGAUUGUUGCAGGUUGUGAUGUAAGUGAAGUCCAAGAUGUUGUAGAGCAACAUUUAAAAGAUAUGAUUCUCAAGCAUUUUGACCCAAAAAAGGCAGAUUCUAUUUUUACUGCUGCUGGUCAGACUCCUGACUGGAUUGAAGGAAUGAUUGCACAUCCACCUUGGAGAAAGUUAUUCUAUGAGCUUGCAGAAAAGAAUCCUGACUGCCUUCUACUAAAUUUUUCAAUAAAGCUAAUAUCUGAUGCUGGAUAUCAAACAGAAAUUGGUAGCAUGUCAUCAGCCUGCAACCAAAUUGAUGUUUUUGCAAGAGUUUUAAAGACUUUGGUGAUGAAUUACAUAAACGGGAGGAGCGAUAAUGACAAUUCUGUCAAUGAAAUUGCUAGAGCUGCAUGUCAUGGAAAACAUACUUAUCUGUUCACACAAUAUGUACUCAAUUAUUUGUCUCGUACAACUAAAAAUGGAACGUGUCUAAAGAGAUUGAGCCAAGAGUUACAGGAGGCUGCUGUCCAAAGUGGACGUGACGUUUGGAACAUCACUAUGUCUUUAAAUGGUGGCUCUGUGUAUCCUGCAGUUGCUGCAUCGCUCAUCUCGAUGCUGUCCAGAAAGCAGUUAAAUCCCGGUGACAUUACAACGCUCUACAAAGCAUAUUCGAGUCAAGAUGCACCUUCUGUAGAGCUGAUAAGAGUUCCAACAUUUCUAGGUCUGCUAGUUGACAGUCUCUUCAAGCCAGGAUCACACAUAAACCCCGAACACAAGUCCAAAUACACGUAUAUACUUGGCUAUAGUGCAGCAGUAUACGAGAACUGGAAGAACGGUGUCCGUUUGUCAGUUUCCAAAGACGAGCUAAAAGGCACUGUGCAGGCCAUUGACAGAGUUCAUUCUGUUUGCAGCCGUGAAAUCGGGGGGACGCUGCAGCUAUCUUCUGAAGUCGGCAUGCUAUACCAGUGUAUAAGGUAUCCCGUAGUUGCCAUGGGAAUCCUACGAUGGGUCGAAGAAUGCCUUUCAGGGAAUAAUUAUCUAAAGGUUAUGACUGAUUCGACCCCGAUUCAUUUGGUCCUCCUUGAUGAGGUUAGCACUUGUCAUCCUAUACAGCAUCCGCUUGUUCUGAAAUUGUUGAUUAAACUAUUUUCUGCGAGUUAUCCAGGGCUGGAAACUCUAGUUGAGCUAGAAUUUAAAAAGACAAUUUUGGAUCGUCUUGUUCACAUGCUCAGUCGUGGUUACGUCAUCCCCGUUGUUCAGUUCAUAAGAAACUGCAUGGAUAGCCAAAUUACUGAUAUCUCGUUGAUUAGGCAUUUUGUAAUAGAGGUUCUUGAAAUGAUUGCGCCUCCCUAUUCGAGAGAGUUCAUUGAUAUCUUCCUGCCAAUCGUGAAGAACGAAUCGAUUACUGGCAUUCUGAAAACUGCAGACAAAAAAGACGAUGUGUCGAGGUUUCUGUUACACUGCGCAAAAGGUUGAAAGCUGAAAAUGUGCAUGGAAGAGGGUUCAGGUUUGUGAGCUACAUAACCUAUGAUGAAAAACUGCGCCACAAUGCAAGCGAGAAGAAUGUUACCUUUUUGGUAUUCCCAAGAAAAGGUUUGCUUUCAAUGCACCGUUGUUGGUCAAAUUCAUAGUUGAUACUGUGUUAGGGAAUGGGUUAACGGGAGCUACAAUUCUAAAAGACAUCGAAUGCAGUUCACGUCAUUAGAGAUAUCAGAUCGAAGUCUUCUAUUGUCAUUGGAUGGUUCUGAUUGGAGCCUUGCAGAUCAUUUUGUGCCUCGGUUUUCUUCAAUUCAUGUUAAAAGAAUAGUUUGGUUUAGAAACUCAGACCCCAUCAUCCUCGAAGCACAUUCGUUUAUUUUCCUCUUGGCAACCAUCUGCUGCGAUGAUCCUGAAUGUGUUCUCUAAUCCUGAACUACAUCUACAAGUCUGGAGACAGUCUGCUAUAGCCAAAACCUUUUCAAGAAUCGGUCAUUUCCAGUAAUACAAGCAUCAGAUCAAUUCACCAAAUUCCGAAAUUAAUGGUCUUAGCUGUGAAGCCUCGUGGCUCUAUUAGGCGACCAUUUUCAAUAACGUGCUGAUGAAGACUUGAUGGAAAUGCUCUUCUUUAGAUAACCAUAUCAUUACGCAGCAUUCUCCAAUACGUUGCUUGUUUUAAAGCCAUUGUUAAAAGUUCCUUUGUUGAUGUUAAGAAAUGUUAUAAUGUAAAUAGAUGUACAUAAAAGCUUUGCAUAAAAAUAAAUUGGGUUUUUGAAUAUGACUUUUUCAUAAGGAUCAAUGAGACUCGAGGUGCCCUGCGUGCAGAGUUUACGGAGGGGAGAGCAAGAAGGCUAACUGUCUUUCUUUCUCCUCUGUGAAGUAUCCUCUUCAGGCUUGUUUAAGGGGUAUCCUGAAAACAGUGAAGCCUAAGGGAAGCAAAGAGCGAGAAGCAUGGAGCUAGUGAGUUAUGGAUCACUCUUUAGAUAAGAAAGAAGAUUGACAUGAACGCACAAUUGUGAAAAGAAGUAUUUCUUUUCAUUGCACAUUUCUGAUUUUACAUAACUUUUGCGCACUUUUAGAGUGUUUACAUAUACUUUCCCAUAAGCAGAAUACAAACAAUACCAUGCGAUCUAUUACAAAGAAUAACAGUGUCGAAGGUAUAUCAAAACAGAACAGUUUUCAAUGGGUGUAUAGACCGAUUAAAAGAUUUACGUAGGUGAAAUCACCCUAUGUUAUUGGCGGCAGGAGUUAUUCAAUCAUUCACAGAGGAACUGACAAACUGGCUGGGUAGCAAGCUUUGGUAUGACUUCGUAGGACAUUAAAAGCAUGGCAUUGAAUAGAGAAGGAAAGCCAGAAUGUCUGACAUUGAAAUUGUCUAUGGUUGUUUACAGGCUUUACAUAUAUUAGUUUUAGCCUUACAACCAGUAUAGUAUUUGCAUAAUACUGCACUGUAAAUCGUUUCUUAUGCAGAUUACUUUCAUUUUCAUCCGGUUUUGAUCACUGUAAAUAUUCUUUAUAAUAAUCAAGUGCUGUAAUCUAUAAGUUAGAAAUGGCCUUUAUCGCCUGUAAUUAUUCUUACUGAUUUAAAGAAAAGCCGAAGAAAUGCAUAAAAAGAUAA